UUCAUCAAGCCGAGCUCAGUGAGCAACAAGACAGUGAAGCUAGUGUUCUCAGAGCAUACACAGCCAGCGACAAUGGCCGGGAACUUGCUAGCCAACUAUGUUCAAGUCAAUGUCAUGCUCCCCCUGGAUGUGGUGACUGUGGACAACAAGUUCGAGAAGGUCGAUGAGACCCGGGCACAGCUGAAGAAGCUGACGGAGGCCGGCGUCGAUGGCGUCAUGGUGGACGUGUGGUGGGGGCUGGUGGAGGGGAAGGGCCCCGGGUCCUACGACUGGGAGGCCUACAAGCAGCUGUUCAGGCUGGUGCAGGAGGCCGGGCUGAAGCUGCAGGCCAUCAUGUCGUUCCACCAGUGCGGUGGUAACGUCGGCGACAUCGUCAACAUCCCGAUCCCGCAGUGGGUGCGGGAUGUCGGCGCGAGCGACCCCGACAUCUUCUACACCAACCGUGGUGGGGCGAGGAACAUCGAGUACCUCACCCUUGGAGUGGAUGACCAGCCUCUCUUCCAUGGAAGAACUGCCAUCCAGAUGUAUGCUGACUACAUGAAGAGCUUCAGGGAGAACAUGGCAGAGUUCUUGGAUACUGGUGUCAUUGUGGACAUUGAGGUGGGGCUUGGUCCAGCUGGUGAGAUGAGAUACCCUUCCUACCCCCAGAGCCAGGGAUGGGUGUUCCCAGGCAUAGGAGAAUUCAUAUGCUAUGAUAAAUACCUGGAGGCAGAUUUCAAAGCAGAAGCAGCAAAGGCUGGGCAUCCUGAAUGGGAAUUGCCCGACGAUGCUGGAGAGUACAAUGACACUCCCGAGAAGACCCGGUUCUUCGCGGAUAAUGGAACAUAUGUCACUGAGAAGGGGAAGUUCUUCCUCACAUGGUACUCAAACAAGCUGAUAAAACAUGGAGACAAGAUCUUGGAUGAAGCAAACAAGGUCUUCUUGGGAUGCAGAGUGCAGCUGGCAAUCAAAAUCUCCGGCAUUCAUUGGUGGUAUAGGGUUCCAAACCAUGCAGCUGAGCUCACUGCUGGAUACUACAACUUGGACAACAGAGAUGGCUACAGAACCAUCGCACGCAUGCUCACAAGGCACCGUGCCUGCGUUAACUUCACAUGUGCUGAGAUGAGGGAUUCUGAACAAAGCUCAGAGGCAAAGAGUGCACCAGAAGAACUAGUCCAACAGGUCCUGAGUGCUGGAUGGAGAGAGGGCUUACAUGUGGCAUGCGAAAACGCACUCGGUCGAUACGAUGCAACAGCUUACAACACAAUACUAAGGAAUUCAAGGCCGACAGGCAUCAACAAGAAUGGACCUCCUGAGCACAAGCUAUUUGGAUUCACCUACCUCCGAUUAUCAGACGAGCUGCUGGAGGGACAGAACUACAGCACAUUCAAAACUUUCGUCAAGAGGAUGCAUGCUAACCUGGAUUAUAAUUCAAAUGUUGACCCAUUGGAGCCUUUGCAAAGAUCAAUGCCAGAAAUGCCAAUUGGAAAGAUCUUACAAGCAGCACACCCAAAAUUGGCGCCAUUUCCCUUUGAUGAGAAUACCGACCUGCCGGUUUAAAGAUCUCGCUGAUGCAGU